AUGGGUGGUGGGAGCCGAGCCCUUUCCCUCUCCUCCCUCUGCGCCACCACGCUCGCCGCCGCCAGGGCCCCCGCCCCCUUCCUCGCCCCCGCCCACCGCGGGCUGCUGCCCCUCCGCCUCGCCGCAGCCAUGUCCUCCUCCUCGUCCUGCCCGGCCCCGGCCGCGUCGGGCGACGCCGCGGCCCCGGCCCCGGCCCCGGCGCCGUCCAACGCCAUCGACUUCCUCACACUCUGCUACCGCCUCAAGACGACCAAGAGGGCCGGGUGGGUGAAGCGCGGGGUGCAGGCGCCCGAGUCGGUGGCUGACCACAUGUACCGGAUGGGCGUCAUGGCGCUCGUCGCGGCCGAUCUCCCCGGCGUCAACCGCGACAGGUGUGUCAAGAUGGCGAUUGUGCAUGACAUCGCAGAAGCAAUCGUUGGUGAUAUCACCCCUUCUGAUAACGUACCCAAGGAAGAGAAGAGCCGCAUGGAGAAAGAAGCAUUGGACCAUAUGUGUGAAUUGCUUGGUGGAGGGCCAAGAGCACAAGAAAUUCGUGAACUUUGGAUGGAGUAUGAGAAUAAUGCCUCUUUGGAAGCAAAGGUUGUCAAAGAUUUUGAUAAGAUUGAGAUGAUACUUCAAGCACUGGAAUAUGAAAAGGAGCAAGGGCGGGACCUUGAAGAAUUCUUCCAAUCAACAGCAGGGAAGUUUCAGACUGACAUUGGAAAAGCAUGGGCAGCAGAGAUCGCAUCCAGAAGGAAACCAAAGUGAUCGAAUGACAUUCUUUUUGGUGUUUGGGGUUUUAAGAUAACUUGGUGGCACCACAUUCCUGUUGAACUUAGCUUUUGCUAUAGAUGAUACUUCUGAGGCGGCACUGAGAUGUAGGCUUACUCUUGGAAUGUGAACUUCACUCCAUCAUGCAUCUUGGCCCUGCCGUGACCCUUGAGACACACUGGGCUUGUGAGUUGGCGAUACCAGGGCUCCAGAUAACCCUGCCGGGUAAGGAGUUUAUGGCUGUAAUUUGCUCCUGUCAAGAGCUUGUAGCCGGAUCCAACAGGAAGUUUUCAUACCAGCUCUUGGUGAUGUAAAAUCCUAUACUUCCUGAUGAAUCACUGUACCACUACUUUUUCUCGUGUAAUCCAAUUUCAUCGUUUGAGUCUUUUUUCCCCUAUGUGACUGUCCUUGUUUCCAGCAAGAUGAACCUUAACUUCUGUUA